AUGGCCGGCUUCAUCUGUCGUGAGAUCAGCGCGGACACAACUGAAGCAGAUGACCUCGCCAGCGUCGUGCAGGGGUUGUUCUACAGCGCACCCCCGGUUUUCGCGCUCCCUCUGUACACGUUCCUCCUCUGCUCUCCCGUCAGCACCGAGCUUCUACCCUGGCUGAACCAAACAAUAUCAUACAUCGUCAUCUGGGCGUUGACUAGCGCCAUCAUAUCCUGCACGGCACAAGGGUGCGCGACGUAUUUCGACCCGGCGGCGAAACGAUCAGCCAUCACCUCGGCUCUCGCGCUGUUGAAGGCAAGCUUGUUCCUGCAGCUGUCCCUCAAUGCCGUCGUCUUAUGUGUCCUUGUCGUCGUGUUCAUGAAUUGGCGGAAUGGUCGCAGCAACGGGAGCCACAGGGGUAUCAGUGGGCUUCUCACGGAGGAUGCAGAUGCAGUCGGAGGACGACGUGGGCCCACGGCUCGAUCGUCGCACAUAUUUGUGGUCUCCUUGUUGGGCUUGACCGUGUUACUUGUCGUGCGGAAUGUGUUUCGCACGGUUCAGGUCUUCAUGUCGCCUCUUUCUGGCGUCUGGGUGGACGAGGCGUACUUUUGGGUGUUUGAGGCGUGUGUCAUGGUGUGCUUUUCGGGGUGGUUCCACGUCGUGCAUCCGGCGAGGUAUGUUUCGCUGGGGUAUGCGUGCGGGUUGGGAGGUCCGUGUGCGUGA